AUGGAUGCAGGCACAGGGGCUUUAACAUCGAAAGCUCGUUUAAGACAACACCUAUUAGACGGAGAACAAGACAUUGAUACACUAAGUGAAUCUUUGCAACAGCAUCAGUACCAACAACAACAACAGAAUCCAAAAUAUAACCGAUUUCAACCGGCUUAUAUGCAACAACAACAACAGCAAUUUAUGAAUGUACCAGGCGCAGUAUCCCAUACAAAUCUGAUAACUUCCGCAUCAACAACAAAUUACGAUAUUAUGACACCGUUACCUACUUCUGGAUCACCGUUUACUUCCAAUAGUAACCCAAGCUAUACAAACAUUAAUACGAACUCAUCAAGAAAAUCAUCUAUGACUUCCCAAACUGCCGCAGGAGUAAAUCGAUUUUUUCGAAGAAACAAAGGUGCCGACUUGAAUUUCAAUGAAGAUUCAGGAGCAGAUAUUAUGGAUCUUACUAAUGGUAGUAGCGUUUCUUUUGAUGAUAUCACCCAUAUGAGAAACAGAGGGCCAUAUGCUAUGAACUCUCAUAAGGCCCUUGAUACUGCACCAAUAAUCCCUACAUUGGGAGCUGGUGGAACUCUAGGUGGACUAGGGCCAGCUUCGGGCUCAAAAGUUAACAACGUUCAAUACAGGAAACAGAUGAACCAACAGAAGAAACUAGCGAUGAUUAAUGGCGCCAGAGCAAACUCAUUGGCAACUGGUAAUCCCAUGAUGGGGCAACAGUCACAAUAUAUGGGCGGUGGGCCAAAUGACCCACGUACGAUGUCAAUGGUAAACUCCAACCCAAGAACGAUGUCAUUAAAUUCCCAGGGACCAAGAACCAUGUCCAUGAGGUCAGGACCAUUCCCGCAAAGAUUACCUUAUAACCCGCAAUUACAACAACAACAGCAGCCACCACCACCACCGCAACAGCAAGUAUAUGGACCAGGAGGAGCAGCACCUAGAACACAGUCUUUAAGAACAGGCCCAUAUCCUCCACAACAAAUGCCCAUGGGUAAUGGUGUGCCACCAAAUGGCCCACGAACUAUGUCAUUGAUGAACGGUGGAAUGCCAAACAACGGUCCAAGAAGCAUGUCUUUAAUGAAUGGUGGUAUGCCUCAAAACUAUCCUCGAACCAAGUCCUUGGGUACACUGGGUCCGCCAUUAGGAUACCAAGGACCACCAUUAAGAAGUCAGAAUUUGGUUCCCGCUAAUCCUUCACAACAACAACAACAACAAAUGGAUCAUGGAUAUGGGGUGCCUCCACAAGAACAACAAUAUUCUCAGCCGACUCAGCAAGCAUUCGCUCCAGGUCAACAACCAUUUAUACCUAGAAAUGCUCCACAAUUACGACAACAACAACAGAAACAACAGCCACCACAACAGCAACAGUAUAGUCAAUGGCAAAACUUGCAACCGCAACCACAACAGUUAUCUCAAAACUCUAGUGACUCUUUACAAGAAGCCAUUGUUGAAGAAGAAGAGGAAGAAGAACCACAACUGUUACGGGCCAAUAAUUUUAGUGUAGAUCCUGCUUCCCAAAACAAAUCUGAAAAGCGUGACGAGGAGAAUAUGAUUUACAAUUUCGAGAAUGAAGACCCAGAUGCUGCAUUGUCUCGUAAAUCAACAUUAAAGAAGAAUAAUUCAAUGAGAGUUCGAAAACUAAACUUAUUCAAUGAUGAGAAACCGCAAACUGGCAAGAAAGCUCUCUCCAGAAAGAAACCUCCUGUUAGUCCUGCUGAUGCCAAUUUUGGUCCUGUGAGUUCUAACGAUAGUGUACAGAAUUCGGUAAAGGACCUACCUAGAAUACCAGAUACUUCAAACGAGGAUUUACACCAAAAAUCUCCAACACCAAAUGAAGAAGAAGAGGAUCUUAACGAAGUUCCUGGCUCGCCCACUUUUAAUGUCAGUGCUCCUCCUACUAGAGAGUCCUAUCUUGAUGAUGAAGACGCCAAUCCAAGUAAUGAUGGUUAUAAAGCUUUAGGUGCCAAUGCAAGAGCUUCUACACACGACAUAUUUGUCACGGCUUUGGAUUUCAACUCUCCUCAAAAAAGUAAUAGAUCCAUGAAAAUAGGAUCACCUCAUACAUCGCCACAGAAAUCUCGCAUACUGGGAACUUCUGAUUUCCCUUCACCAAAUGUUGAAAAAGAUCAAAGUGACGAGCAAUCUACAAUACAAGAAGAUACUGUGGGCGCUGACACCUCAGUAGAAGAUACGGUUUCAAAAACAUCUCCACCACUUAAUAAUUCAUCGAUCAAUCGCACCAUUCUGGAUUCUAAUCUGAAAUUUCGAAAUAUUGUGGCCAAUACUGUUUUCAGUAAGUUUAGAUCUCCAUCAGCUGAGUCUACUCCAAAAUUUUCAAGUCCAGCAAUUGCUAACCGUUUUGCUGAUGGCGAUGAACGACAACAACAAGGAUCAGAGACAUCUUCUGUUUAUGAAAGUAAUACACCUAGAAAAAUGCUGAAAUAUGAUUUGAACAAUUCGGACACUGACGAUAGUGAAAUAAGAAGAAGAGAUCAAAAUGGUUUUUUCGAACAAAGUACAAAUGGUGAGACUACUCCACCAACUUCAUCAACGUCUAAUAUUUCACAUAAAGUGGGAGAAAAGUAUACGUACAUGGGUGAAGAACAGGAGGGAAAUAAUACCAACAGUUUUGAUCAAUUCAGUUCUCUGUUGCAACAUUCACAACAAGAAGAGAAACAACAGGGAAGAUCUAAUUCACAUUCUAGCAACGCAAAUUCAUAUGAUGGUAGUUUCUAUCAAAAUUUUAGCGAACCUAUUCAUGAUAUACCUGAAGAACAAAGAAGAUCUCAAGACAAGACCCCUGAUUUCACCCAAUUUAACAACAACAACAAUAAUAGUAAACUUGGAAAUGUUGAAUUGGAACAGGAUUCGUUGCCGAAAUCAAUUCUGGCACGUCGUUCCUCUAGUGGAGAGUCGAUGAAGAUGCUUUUGACAUCUCAUGGUAGUGCAACUAAAUUAUCGUCAGCAGCAGCAGCAGCUCCAGCAUCUGGACAAGCUAUUAAUAAACGAUCAUCAUUUUCGCUCAAUGGUACAAAGAAUAUCUUUAAAAGAUUCUCGAAAUCAGGCAGAAGAACUAGUUCUAUUGACGAAAAUGAUUCAACAUUGAAUCCUAUCUUGUCAAGAAAUUCUUCAAUGACACAAGCUUCAAAACAACCUUUGUUUAACAAACGAGUAUCGUCUUCUGGAAACAUGAGUUUAUCAGAUCUGUCGGUGAUUAAGACUGCCACGAACCAGAAACAGCCAUUGACAUUCACUAAAGAAGAGAUGAGUAUAAUGAAUUGUAACAAUGAUUUAUUAAAUGAAUUAGAAUUGGUCACUACAGAAUUAGCUUCUUCGAUUAAACGAGAAUUGGCAUUAGAAAGUAAAUUGAGAAACAGUCCCCAACAACAACAAAAUUCUCCUAAAUUGGAUGAAGAAUUAAAAUCCGAAAUCACAGAAAAAUCUCGAGUUAUUGCUGAUUUACAAGAAAAAUUGAGCAAAGAAAGAAGAUUGAGGUUUAUUAGUGAAGAACAUGCAUUGUUGGGUGAACAUGGUCAAGCACCUUCUGCAUUGAAAUUAAAUUAUGAAAAGACUGAAUUAUACAAGCAAUUGUUAAUUAAAAAUGAUUUAGUUCAUCAAUUAGAAGAUAAAUUAUCUGAGUAUGAGAGAAGAAACAGUGGAUUAUUUCAACAUGAAAGACCAUCUCAUGAUAUUGAUUUACUUGAAAAAUAUAAUGAGUUGUUGAAAGAAAACACUAACUUGAAAGUACAUGUCAUACCUGAUUUAGAAAGAAAAUUAACAGAAAAGAAUCAAGUUGAUGAUUAUGAUGAAUCUCAAUUAGAAAUUCAAACAUUAAAGAUGCAAAGAGAUGAAUUAAGAGAAGUUGUUAAUAAAUUGACAUCGCUGAAUAAUGCCGAAUUGAAACUUGCUCAAGAAAAAAUCAAACAUUUACAAUCGAAAUUAGAUGAUAUGAAACAAAUAAAUGAUAGAUUAAGCAAUAGAAAUGUGAAUGAUGGUAAAAAAGGUGGUAAAUUGAAUGGAUUUAGUAUUGUCAGUCCAACCAAAAAGUUAUUUGAUGAUUGA